CUGGUGGCAGGAAGUCGGCGUUAUAUUUUGACGUUUCCGUCUCCGGCAGACAUAUUGCUUACUGGAGCAAAUUCUGGAAAGCUGGAAGAGAGAACGGAUUUCAAAUUGAUUUAUAUCUUCACGACUUGAUACACUCAAACCACAUAGGACACAAUGGAGCCGUCAGCCAGUCCGGCCAAAGAUAACUACAGGAUGAACCGCUACAAGAACAAAGCACUGAACCCAGAAGAGAUGAGGCGCAGGAGAGAGGAAGAGGGCAUCCAACUCAGGAAACAGAAACGAGAACAACAGCUUUUCAAGAGGAGGAACGUGGACAUUCUUAAUGAAGAGGAUGCCAUGUUUGAGAGUCCUCUGGUGGACUCCUACCUCAGCUCUCCAGCAACAGAAGGAGUCAUUACCAGAGACAUGGUUGAGAUGCUUUUCUCAGAGGACCCAGAGCUUCAGCUCGCCACAACACAAAAGUUCAGAAAACUACUUUCCAAAGAGCCCAACCCACCAAUUGAUGAGGUUAUAAACACGCCUGGAGUAGUGGAGAGGUUUGUGGAGUUCUUGAAGAAGAGUGUCAACUGCACUCUACAGUUUGAAGCAGCUUGGGCACUGACCAACAUAGCAUCAGGCACAUCCAUGCAGACAAAGACGGUGAUUGAGGCUGGAGCAGUGCCAAUCUUCAUAGAACUACUUAACUCAGACUUUGAGGACGUCCAAGAACAGGCUGUGUGGGCCUUGGGGAAUAUUGCGGGGGAUAGUGCAGUGUGCAGGGACUAUGUGCUGAACUGCAACAUCCUUCCACCACUAUUAAUGCUUCUGACCAAAUCCACUAGAUUGACCAUGACUAGGAAUGCAGUGUGGGCUCUGUCUAAUCUCUGUAGAGGAAAAAACCCUCCACCUGCUUUUGAAAAGGUGUCACCCUGUCUGCCAGUACUGUCCAGGCUUUUAUUUAGCAGUGACCCAGACUUGCUGGCAGACGCCUGCUGGGCCCUGUCCUACCUCUCGGACGGCCCCAAUGACAAGAUCCAGGCUGUCAUCGACUCUGGCGUCUGCAGGCGCCUUGUAGAGCUACUCAUGCACACUGACUAUAAGGUGGCCUCUCCUGCCUUGAGAGCUGUAGGAAACAUUGUCACUGGAGAUGACAUCCAAACACAGGUGGUGUUGAACUGCUCAGCCCUGCCCUGUCUGCUGCACCUUCUCAGCAGUGCUAAAGAGUCCAUUCGUAAAGAGGCAUGCUGGACCAUCUCAAACAUCACAGCAGGAAACCGAGCACAAAUACAGACGGUGAUUGACGCCAACAUCUUCCCAGUGCUAAUCGACAUUCUACAGAAAGCAGAGUUCAGGACCAGGAAAGAGGCGGCGUGGGCCAUCACUAACGCCACCUCUGGAGGAACACCAGAACAGAUCAGAUAUCUGGUGAACCUGGGCUGCAUUAAGCCCCUGUGUGAUCUGCUGACGGUGAUGGACUCUAAGAUCGUUCAGGUAGCUCUCAAUGGGCUGGAGAACAUCCUGAGGCUGGGCGAGCAGGAGGCCAAGCAGGAGAACAAUGGCACUGGAGUCAAUCCUUACUGCAGCCUCAUUGAAGAAGCUUAUGGUCUUGACAAGAUAGAGUUCCUCCAGAGCCACGACAACCAGGAGAUCUACCAGAAGGCCUUUGACCUAAUUGAGCACUACUUUGGGGUUGAGGAUGAGGACAACAGUCUAGCCCCUCAGGUGGACCAGGCCAACCAGCAGUUCCUUUUCCCCCAGCAGGAGGCGCCCAUGGAGGGCUUCCAGCUAUAAGUCAGCACCACUCUCCUCUAAAAUACACCAUUUACCCCCUCCAUACCUCCCCACCUCAUGGAGGGCCCCUCGAUGCUAUACAUACGAUCUGCCCCCCCCUCUACCAUCACCACAAACACACACACACCCUUUGGAGGAAAGCUAAAACUGUCCCGCUCUCCAGCCUAAAAAUGCCCCCCUUUCAUUAUUCUCCUUAUCCAGUGGACUGACUUCUUGCAGGGCAGACUCAUGUGUUACCUGGCCAGGGGGAGAGCGCCACACAAACUCCAUUACGCUUAGAAGUGUGAGUCUGCCCUGGCUUAAAACGCACACACAGACAUCUUCCUGCCAUUUGAUAGCUCUUAGAGUCUCUCAUUGGCAGUAAUGAUGGUUUGUUGGUUAAUAUCUUUAUAUACACUUCAAUUUCUUUUCCAGUGGGACAUUCCUUUUCAGGAUUACUCAUGCAUCCCCAUGCAAAGUCCACAGACUGGGGUGUAUGAGGUGAAAUAUGCCCAGCUUAUGAUGUCAGUUUGACUAAAUGCAAUUCAAAGAAAAAAACUUGUAACAUGGUUCCUAUUUUUUAUGAUUAGUUAUUUUCCCCCAAUCCUUAUUUAUCUGCUCCUUUUUUAGUGCUAGUGAUUUUUUUUCUUUGUCUUUUUUGGCUUAGGGCUGGUCUCUGCAUAUCUGCUGAUGGGGGGGGAAAAGAAUCUUAUAUGUAUGGGGGUUCACAGGCACAAAUAUCCACCCAAAGUCCAGGGCUUUCUACUGCCCUGAUGCCCAAGCUAAGGAGUGUGAUUGUUUUUUGUGUUUUUUUGUGUUUUUUUUUUUUUAUCAUUCCCCCCCCCAAAUCUAUCAACAUUUUUUUUUAAGUGGGACAAAUUUCAGGGGAGGGUUGAAGUAAGAAGAAGUGUAAACAUUUAGAUAACUAUCUGAACUUAGGAAGGGCUCUGAAUGGGAUAUUGGAAAGGAUAUUGGAAAAGGGGUUAGGUUUUUAGAGGAUAUGUUUAAAGAUCUAGGAAAAAUCCAGGUUUCGUGGGUGGUAUAGUUAUAGAUCCAAUGUUCGUCGUGUGCUGUGUUAUUAAUAACAAUACAUUUGAAUUAUGAAGUGAUCUAACCAUUAAACAAGGCAUAGCUGGGGAUUUAGGGGGUAAAGAGCCAGCAGCAGCAAUCAAACAUUUUUAUAUUGAAAUGAAUUCAAGGGAUUGCAGAUGUUUAAAGUAGGGCGAAAUACCACUUGCGGUACAGAGAUGUCAUGGGAAUUACAUGGGACAAACAUUUAUAGUUUCGAUUUUCUGAUUUCAUUGAAGCCCAGUGUAACGGGUUGCUGCUGGUUAGCUAGGCCCUGUGUUCCCCUCUGCCCAGAUGUAUGUGGUAGGGUUUUUGCAUGGUGUUAUUACCCUGCCUACAGUCACAGAGUAUCCCUGGCCAAACGCAGACAGUUGGCACACAGAGAUGGAGAACAGUGUGAAGAAAUACUGUGAGACAUUGCUGAACACUGCUCAGCAUUCCUUGUUACAGCAUUUGGAGUUAAAAAGCAAGAAGUGGGCCACCAUUAAUUGGUUUGGUGAUGUAAACAGUGAUAGUGUAGUGGCGGUGGUGGUGUUUUGUAUAGUGGUAGAGUUGAUAUAUAACCUAUGGAAUUCUAUAUCACUAUAUUUUUGAGGAAUUGAAAUGACAACUGUUAAUGAUUUUGCAUGGGUCCAUUGUGAUAUGUAUAGGUAUUGAUGUAAACAGCCUAUCCUCUGCCUGGCUAGGAGAGUCUACGCCGCUUUUUUGUCCCUUCUUGGGUCUGAAAACAACCGGAGUUUGGCUAGGGAUAUAUCUCAGACAAGUGACAAGCCUAACUGCAACAAAAAAUUCAAGUAUAAAUAUAUAUUUGAAUUUUUAUGUAUUUGCAUUAUAUAUAUAUAUAUAUAUAUAUAUUUGCGCACACUUCAUGCACACUUGCAUACAACACCAGCAGACACUGUACACACACCUCACACAGAUGAGUGGCUAGUAGCAAGUAAAAUAGUUUCCAUAGUCUUUGGAAUGAAAAAUGUAGUUCUUCUUCUUUUAUUUUUAAGUUUUGCUUUUCUCCAAGUGUGAAAAUUGCCAUUUAGGCUGUUUUUGUUUCAGAGCACUUAGUAUAUUUUCUUUAUUUAUAAAAAUGUUGCCCUUGGUUCAGUUUUAAUUAAGAUUGUUUUCUGUUUUAAUUGAGACAAUGAAAAGAGAUGUUUCUUCAAAAGUUAUUUGGAGCACACUUAGGUCUUAUGGAAACUUUUUUUUGUUGUUUCUAGCCACAUGACUUAAUGUUGGUUUAAAAUUAGCCCUGUAAACCCUGACCUCAGAUCAGCUCUGCCUGUGAACAGAAGCUGAUCUUGGAUAAGGAUUUAGGCUUUGUAAAUGGAGCAGAACUGUGGUCGUGUGAUGUUUGACUGACAGGCACUGUGUGAGGAAGAGGUUGAUUGACUCUAUGACUAUGUCCCCAUUGGAGUCUGGGAGCCCCUGUUCUGUGGAUUACUGAACCAGCCCUAACAUUAAAUUACGGAAUUUUGAACAGAAUUAUGUUACUCUCAACACACACAUGAUGGCGCGGUCUGUUGAAUAUUGUGUGUACUAGGGAAUACACUUUCAUAAGUCUUUUUUUGUUUUGUUGUUGUUUUUCCCCCAAACAAUUUCCUUAUAAUAUGAUAGGAUAUCUUUUUGGAUGGACAUAUUUAGAUUUUUCCUUUUGGUUUGUUUCAGUAUUACAUUUUUACAUAAGCAUUUAACUUCCUUUGUCAGUGCAGAGAAUUUUAGUGUAAGGGGCCGUUGUUACAUGCAAGGAUUUAAGCAUUAAUUGACAGAGGAACAUAGUGAAGCUCUCUAUUUUUGCUUCAUGAGUUUGAAAUGUUAUCCACAGAACACGUGUGCUCCUAGAAGACAUAAGAGUUGAAAUCAUGAAUAAUUGAGCAUCAAGAACUGACCUCUACAUGACCGAUGUGUAGAGCAGCAUUUAUAACUGAAGUCUUUGAUUUCGUGGCCAAUUCUGUGCUUGGCCUACAAAUAAUGCCAGAAUUGCAAUGUUUAAAAAAAAAAAAAAAAAAGAAUCAGUGCAUCAACGGGGAAAAAUAUUUAUAUUUCUGAAAAAUGAAAUUGCACUCCUAUUCACAAAAGUGCCAAUCCGACCAACAAAGACUGGAGGUUCUUAUCUGUACCUGUCUUUGACUCAUAGAUUAUUUUUCUUUAUAUCUUUUAUUUACUUGAAUGUGCACACAUUUUGUGCAGAACAUUGCUGCUCUAUUUUCCUUAUCUUUAAAGUUACAUUAUUUGCCAUUGUUUCUUUGGAAAAGUGGCGUUCUUUACUGUGGGCACCAAAAACAAAAAACAAAAAAAAACAAAAAAAGGAAUUCAGUUAAGGCAGUGUAAUUGUCUGGGGGGGGAUCACUUGAUUAAUUGCAUAAAACUGGUCUUUCCAGCAACUUGGUGUGAUGGUCCCCACUAUUACAGUCUUCUAAUUGUUUUCACUGUGCAUAGCUAAGCUGCAAAUGUUUUGGAAUCAAAGAAUUGAUUUCAUGUGGCGGACACCGUAGAGUAUAAUAAAUAGCAUUUUCUUGAGGUCACGGCCUGUAGCCAGUCCCUCUUUGUGCGAAAACAGACUUUGCGCUGAGAGAAACAUUGUAAUACUUAGAUGUGGCACAUGAUGCAAAUUAAGGAAACAUAAGUGACUAUCAUAGCAGACAAUUGCAGGUACUAACCUUGUUGUCACAGUUUACCAAAGUUUUGUCAUCCUGAAGGCUGGUUGAAAUUAUUUACUGGAUGUUUUGUUUUCAAUAGUUGAUGUAAUUGGCUUGUGUUGACACAGUCACUAUGACUGAGAGAUUGUUUCAGGCCAUUUAAAACUUGCUUCUUUUCAUUAGAAGCUGCAAUAGCUCAGUCCCUCUCUUCUCAGUUUUAUUUUUUCUGAAGUUCAAGUACUCUUUAGGGGGUUAGAAAAUCUGCAAAAUAAUCCAGAAGACUGCAAUAAAUUGUCCAAAAUCAGGCACCCCAGAGGCAAAGAUCCACCUACAAACCGCUCUCACAGGCAACACUCCUUCCACCGGGUGGAGCUAACAGAGGCAACUACUUGACAUUUUUCUAAGAUAAAAUCUGGGAUUCAGAAAUUGUGCGGUGAUUUACAUUAAAAGUAUUAUAAGUUAAACUAUAUGUAUGUUCUGAUACAUUGACAGGGAUUCAGAUGCAAUUCUAAUCACUUCUGAGAAGUGGAGAAAAAGCCUCAUUAGAACAUGUCACAGGAAAAAAAAGACAAUAAAAUAGGAGGUGAAGAUACAAGCCUUUUCUGCUUUUCUUGAUCUUUUUCCUGAUCAGGAUAUUCUGGGCUAUAUUUUUGGAUAAUUGUGUUUAGAGUAAAAGUUUGUCCUAGUCAGGCUGCAUGAUCAGGAACCUUGUUGUCUAUGGGGGAAUGAACAGACAUCACUAAAUAUCUCAAAUCUGACUUGUCUUCCGUCCUAGAAGCUGUUCAUGUCGAUAUCAAAAUCUAAAGCCAUGCUUGGCUUGGUCAAGUAAUGUUGUCUACGCUACAAAUGUUUACAAUGCUACAUGUUUGUAAAAUACUUUUCAUAUGCCAUCACUGACCAGUCCUGAUGUAUUGUCUGUUCUGGUCCGCUCAUUUCUUUUACAUGUAUUUAUUUUCUCUUCUUGUUAAUGAUUUUUCAUUUGCUCAAAAUUACCCAUCUUAAACUGUGACUUGACUUGACUUUACCGACGGUAUGAAUGAGUGACAAGAAACUAAUACACUUCAACUGAACAUGACACACAAACAUGAACAUGGAAAAAAAAAUGCAUACAGGAAACGGCAACUAUAUUAAAAAUGUAAAGAAAAUAUAUUGAAGUUAACAUUGUUCAGUGGAAAUACUGUACAAAACAAAUAAAGUUAUGUUGAAACCCUUUAA